CAGUAAGUAAUGUGGCGCCAGAUAAAUAUGGAGGCAUGUCGAUUGCGAAAAAUACCAACAAUUAUAUACUACACCGUAUACAUUUGCACUAUCGUAUGCAAGAAAACAUCAGAAAUACCAACUACAGCGCCUAUCGAUUGCCUAUGUUGGUAACAGCAAAGAUAUUUUCAAAUUAUGGUCACACGCGCAAACACACACGGCUCGCAAGUGGAAAAAUUAAAGUGGACAAAUAUUCAACAAGUUGCACAUUUAAGGCAAUUAAGCAGACGCAUUUGUUAAUUAUAAUUGCUACGGCUGAAAAUCUUCACGGUUGAGCGACAAAGGCAAGCCAGCAGAGUGAUGCCUAAAGUAGUGGAAAAUGAAACAGCUGCCCAUGCAGAAACCACACACCGGCCGCAAUAUUCAUAACAAAACUCACACACACUGACACAAAUCCAUAGAAAACAAACACACACCUACGCACAUUUGAGUCCAGUAUUCGCAGAACGCACUGCAAACUGAGUGCAAUUCGAGCAUAAAUUCAAUUGAGAUUUAAUGAACAACUACUCUGCUAAAUGGCUGCGAAAGAAUCAUUUCGCGAAAGACAAACUCAGGAAUUGGAGGUUAUAAAGUCAAUUUUCAGCACCGAUGUCGAGGACUUAAGACCACAAAGUGAUCCCACACAAUGGAAGCCCACCGACAUACGCAUCUUGUUGAGUCCCCUGCGGGACUCCUCAAACGGGCUGCCACAAGCUUAUGUGUGCACCAAGUUGCACGUUACUUGCCCCUCCAAGUAUCCCAAGCUUGCUCCCAAAAUAAUGCUGGAAGAGUCGAAGGGCAUGUCGGAUCAGCUGCUGGAAUCGCUGCUCAAUCAGCUGCAGGAACAAUCUCAGCAGCUGCGCGGCGAAGUGAUGAUCUAUGAGCUUGCCCAGACAGUCCAAGCAUUUCUGCUGCAGCACAACAAGCCGCCUAAGGGUUCGUUCUACGAUGAAAUGCUGCAGGCGAAACAAAAGCGUGAACAGGAGCAAUUGGAUAUGCAGAAGCAAAAAGAGACGCUGGAGCGACAGACGCUCAUUGAUGAAGUGGAACGACGCAAAGAGAUUUUCAAAACGGAGGCCAAGCGACGUGGCGAACCAAGGCGAAGCAUGAGCGAGUCAAACAAUCGACAUCCCAGCUCUUCGGAGAGCUCGGAGAACUCGUCGCCGUAUUAUCGUGGACACACAUAUCCCAACAAGUGUCUGGAUCAUCGCAAUACGGAGACGCUCUACUUUCACAAAAUGGGCAGACAAAUCCAAAGAGGUUGUUGCUUAGGACACUCGCAGCGUGGUUGCAUCGCCUACUCCGGAGUGGAUAUGCACAGUGGACAGCUGCUCUACAUAACAGAGUGGAAUGUGAAAUAUGCACAGCUAGAGCAGCCCUGCAGUGGAGGCAAUGGCAAAUGCCAUUGGAGCGCAGAGCCCAAGUGUGCGGGUAAUCAUCGUGUGGAUGAACUGAUAGCGACCAUAGAGAAACAGGUGGCGACAUUGGCGCAACUGCAGCACAAGAAUCUAAUACAAUACGAAUGCGUGUUGUGCAUCAAACGCAAGGAAGGAUUGCUUGUCUAUCUGGUGCAGGAUUUCCUGCUAGGCACAAGUGUCUUCAGCAUCUCAUCGACGCUGGGCUGGUGCAUGGAUGGUGCACGCAUGGUGGCACGUGGCGUGCUCGAUGAUGAAGCUGACAAUGACAAAGAAGAGAAAACCAAUUCGCCACAUCCUCAGAUGCAGGUCAUGUACAUUCAAAUGGAGUUCUGCGAAAAGUGCACACUGCGCACUGCCAUCGAUGACAAUCUGUUCGAGAACACGGAUCGCUUGUGGCGUCUGUUUCGCGAGAUUGCCGAGGGUUUGUCGCACAUCCAUCAGCAGGGCAUGAUUCAUCGCGACUUGAAGCCCGUCAAUAUUUUCCUUGACUCGCAUGAUCAAAUCAAAAUUGGCGAUUUCGGGCUUGCCACAACGAGCUUUCUAGCGCUGCAAUCGCACGCGGAAUAUCCAACACAUUCAGCGACACAGCAUGUGACGUCGACGGAAGAUAACACGGGCACUGGUAAAGUGGGCACCACGCUUUAUGUGGCGCCUGAGCUGACAGGAAAUGCCUCCAAGUCCGUGUACAAUCAGAAGGUUGACAUGUACACGCUGGGCAUCAUACUGUUUGAGAUGUGUCAGCCGCCUUUUGACACCAGCAUGGAACGCGCACAAACUAUCAUGGCAUUGCGAACAACAUCGAUUGUUAUACCUGACAAAAUGCUGCAGGAUGCGAAGAACGAGAAGACCAUCAAGAUGCUACGCUGGCUGCUUAAUCAUGAUCCCGCUCAGCGACCCACGGCUGAAGAGCUGCUUGUCUCAGAUCUGGUGCCGCCCGCUGAACUGGAAGCUAAUGAGCUGCAGGAGAUGCUGCGCCAUGCGCUGGCCAAUCCUCAGAGCAAAGCAUACAAGAAUCUCGUGGCACGUUGUCUGCAGCAGGAAAGCGACGAGGUGUUGGAGCACACUUAUCAUUUGAGCAGCAGUCGCGCCAUGAAAUCCUGGAAUUCGGCCAUCGUUAUCGAUGACAUUGUGUCUCUCAAUCCGCUCAUAGAGUUUGUCAAGGGCAAGGUGGUGAAUGUGUUUCGCAAACACGGCGCCAUUGAAGUGGAUUCCCCUCUGCUGUCGCCGCUCUCCUCGCGCAACUGCAGCGCCAAUGCGAAUCCGAAUGCGGUGCAUCUGAUGACCCACUCGGGAUGCGUGGUGCUGUUGCCCUGCGAUCUGCGGACACAGUUUGCCCGCCAUGUCACAAUGAACGGCGUGAAUCUCAUACGUCGCUAUUGCGUCGAUCGUGUUUAUCGCGAGGAGCGCGUCUUCAACUUCCAUCCAAAGCAGAAUUACGAGUGCUGUUUUGACAUCGUUACGCCGAGCACAAACAGCCAACUUGUGGAUGCGGAACUGCUUUCGUUGGCCUUUGAGAUCACCAGCGAGUUGCCAAGGUUGAAGGAGCGCAACAUUUCCAUACGCAUGAAUCACACGAAUCUGCUGCGCGCCAUUCUCAUCUUUUGCAAUGUACCCAAGUCACAAUAUGGCACGUUGUUCGAGGGCUUCAUGGACUUUAUUGAGGGCCGCAUUUCGCGAUUCCAGUUCCAUUCCAGCAUAACGGUUAUCAUGGAGAAGUCGCGCACCUCAGCACAGACGCUGAUGGACAUGUUGUUGGCCAACUUUCUGCUGACCAACUCCAGAAGCAGCGUUGAUGAAUCUGCAUUAAAGUCGCUGAUGCGAGGCAAAGGCGAAGCUGCUUCGUUAGCUCGCGGCGCUUUGCGGGAGCUGGAAACUGUGGUGGCAUUGGCUUUUAGUCUGGGCGUGAAGUGUCCCAUUAACAUCUGGGCCGGUCUGCCAAUUAGCUUUGAGCGCGCCAGCAACGGUGGCAUUGUCUGGCAAAUGACCGCGGACCUCAAGCCCAAUCGCUCGGGUCAUCCUUCAGUGCUGGCCAUGGGCGAACGCUACGAUGCCAUGCUACACGAGUUCCAGAAGCAGGCUCAAAGCUUUAAUCCCGCUCUGCCCACACGUGGUGUACUCAGCGGUGCUGGACUCUCGUUCUCGCUGGACAAACUGGUGGCUGCCGUGGGUAUGGAAUAUGCCAAGGAUUGUCGUGCCAUCGACAUAGGAAUCUGUGUUUGCGGCACGCGCACCCCGCUCAAGGAUGUCACCUAUAUUAUGCGUCUGCUGUGGUCCGCUGGAAUACGCUGCGGUAUUGUUGAGACCGCCAGCGGUUGUGGCGAAGAGGCGCAGGAUUUGGCUCGAUUGGGCGCACUGCAUGUUAUCCUGGUGGCUGAGAAUGGAGCGUUGCGAGUGCGUUCCUUUGAUCGCGAUCGCUUCCAGGAACGACACGUGACGCGCCCCGAACUCGCAGAGUUUAUACAGAAGAUGAUGCGCAGUGAGGCAGCUAACGGCGGAGCUGUCGUUGACUACAGCAGUCAGAUGUCUAACAUGAGCAACAGCGGAGGCGGUGGACGUGGCGAGAAUGGACUCAGCACAUCGGGCAGCAGUGCGAAUAUCAAGAGCAGCUACGGUCAGUUGCCUAAUCUGCAGGUCAUCUUCCUCACGCACGACAAACCUACGGCCAAUUACAAGCGACGUCUGGAGAAUCAGGUGGCGCAUCAGAUGAGCUCAACGUUGGGGCAGUUCGUCAAGCAGGAGACGUUUGUGGUGCUGGUGGUGGAUUUGCCGCCAGCGGUGUUAAAUGCCAUAGUCGGUGCCAUCAAUCCGCGAGAGAUGCGCAAAAAAGAGACUGAACCCGAAAUGAAUUUUGUGAUCGAAAGAUUUCCGAAAUAUAAGCGCUAUAUAUCUGAAAUAAACGAGGAAGUCGUGGAUCUACUGAGUGAUGCCAAGACACCAAUUGUGGCCUUGUACAGCAUUUCCGAUUCCUAUUACCGUGUCAUCAUCUAGGACAGCAGACAACAACCAAUUAAAACAAUGGAUACCACUGAUGCUAAUUUAGUUCUAGUUCUAAGUCAUCCUACUUCUAGAGAAGAUUGCAAACACAGUUUUAAAAUGUUUUUUGAAAACGCGUGCCAAGACAUUUUAUAAAAAUGGCAUAAAAAAGAGAAUUAGUAAGAGUAAGAAGAGAGAGUGAUGAAUCUUCAAUUGAUUAAAACAUAUUUUACAUAGCAAAUUAUAGUUCGCAUUUAUUUCGAAUUUUUAAAGGUUUUU